AUGGCUAACGGGUGGGUGAAGUCCCUGCAAUGCAGAUCUAACGCCGUGGAGGACGUCUACCACCCCAAGCCGCCGCCGCCGCGGCUGCAUCACCGCGCCGGCAAGGCCCCCCCCCCUCUGCUUCCCCUCGGUUGCGGCAAUAACACGUCCCAGGCUCUGCGGGACGUCGUCGCCCUCUUCCCCAAACACCCCCUCUCCAAGAAGACGCCUUCGAUGUCCAGCAGGGCGCUGUUGGCGACUCCGCCGCCGUCGCCGCCUCUCAAGGAGAAGCGCCCCAAGCAGAGGAGACAUCACCGCGAGCAGGCCCGCCACGAGCGCCCGCUGAAGGCCUCCAAGCCCAGGAGCUGCCCGUCUUUGGCUGCGGCGGCCCGUGAGCCUCCUCCUUCGUCCUCCCCUUUCCCAACGCUGACGGAGCUCCCCGUCGGCCACUCGUCCCGGAGGGUGGUGGAGAUAAUAUUCAACUCCAGCUGGUCCAGAAAGGGGACGCCCUUCCCGGGGGUCAUCGAGAUGCUCUUCAAGGUCCGCAGCCCCCCGCGAACAGUCUCCCGCUUCGAGGAGUACCGUGAAGACGUCCGAUCCCGUGCUGGCCCUGAGGACGCGCGCUGCGCAGCCAAUGGCAACGAGAUGAUGCGCUUCCACUGCGCGCCGGAGGGCCCUCCGACGACUUCCGCGGGGGACCCCAUCUACGACGCGGGGAUCAUCUCCUCCCCCACCGCAUCAGGCGGGAGCAUACGGACCUUCGCCGGCAGCGGCGGAGCCCACGAGAGCGGCUUCGGCUCGUCGUCGGCGGUGGUGCCGGGGAGGCGGAAGGCGAUGCUCGUGUGCCGGGUCAUCGCCGGCCGCGUCCGGAGCUCGUCGGAUGCUGGCGAGUUCGAAUCGAUCUCCGUGGGCAAAGGGGAGCUCCUCGUCUUCGACCCGCGAGCCGUCCUGCCCUGCUUCCUCAUCAUCUACAAAGUCUGA